AAUAUUUAACAUUGAGUGAUUAUAAAAUAGAAUUAUGUUAAUGAAUUAUAAAUCGCAUAUAAAACAUUUUUUGAAAAUUACAAAAUAUUAUAAAAAAUGGAUUCGCCAGCACAGUUCACAGACAAAUUUAAAUUUAAAACCACCUUGGAAGGUUAUGUUUUUUGGAACCGAUGAAUUUUCAGUAUGCAGUUUAGACAAAUUAUACUCAACAUGCAGAGAAGGGAGUGUUAUCAAUCAGUUAGAAGUUGUAACUUCAGUUAAGAAUAAAGCGAAUCCGGUACAGAGGUAUGCAGUUUCAAAUAAAAUACAAUUUCAUAACUGGCCAUGUGGAAAUGUAGACCAGAAGUUCGAUAUUGGAGUUGUUGUAUCAUUUGGAAAAUUAAUUCCUAAAUCUAUUAUUCAUGAAUUCCCCUUGGGGAUGAUUAACGUUCAUGCAAGUUUGUUACCACGCUGGAGAGGUGCUGCUCCUAUAAUUCACGCUUUGGCAUCAGGAGAUGAAGUUACAGGAGUUACGAUAAUGCGUAUUCAACCACAUAAAUUUGACUUAGGAGAAAUUAUUAAACAAAAAUCAAUUGAAAUUACUGACAAUACGACUCAAGAUCAAUUAACCAAGGAAUUAGCGAAUAUAGGAGCUAGUUUACUUGUGGAUACAAUUAAGGAACUACCAACUUGUAUAAAAAAUGCGACUCCACAACCAGAAAAUGGCGUUACAUAUGCACCCCGAAUAAACAUUCAAUCAUCUCGAAUUAAUUGGUUGAUGAUGGAUUCGAAUACCAUCUACAAUUUAUAUCGUGCAUUAAAAGGAUUGUAUCAUUUGCAUUGUACUUGGAAAGGAAUUCCUGUAAAAUUUAUCGAUGUUGGACGUUUAAAUACGGAAUCAAGCUCACAAUUUACAAAUAAUCCCAGUUCACAAAUUUCGAAUAUUCCCGGCUACGUAUAUUAUAGUAAAAACCACAAUCAUUUACGAAUACAGUGCAAAGAUGGAAAGUGGAUUGUAGUAAAUGAAUUAAUUGUUCAUGGGCGAAAACCAAUGAAAAGCAAAGAUUUUUAUAAUGGUUUUAUGUCAAAAUGUCAUCCAAAACUGCAUAUGUUUACGUAGUGAUGUAUAUGAAUUCGUUAAAAUGUUUUUAG